CUUUACUAUUACACAUAUCUUUGUUUUCUCCACCAUUACUGUACACUAAACUACAAACACUGGGCGGAGAUUUCAAUCCAAAUCCAUUGUUUCACUCACAAAGUUUGGAUCUUUAAUUCUCAAACACUUAAAAGAUCAAAUCUUUUCACCAAAUUUCAAAUACCCUUUUUUAAAAAUGGCAAUUUCUAGUGAUUCUAUACUCAGAUUCCACCAAAAAAUCCAAACUUUUGAUCUAAAAAAGGGUGUGUUUAGAGUUGGUGUUAAUGGUCAUAUUGUUUCUUGUAAUGCAAGAAACAAAAGAAUUUUAGGAGUUAGAGCAGUAGCUGAGGUGAAUGUUAAGAGGGAAGUUAAAAAAUUUGAAGUAAAUUUUGAUAAUUUGAGUUUAGAUUCUGCAGUAGAGAGUGAGUUAAGAGAGAAUGGCGUUUCUGGUUUGAGAAAAACUAAGUUAGUGUGUACAAUUGGGCCAGCUUGUAGUUCUUAUGAGGAGUUGGAGAAGUUGGCUAAGGGAGGGAUGAAUGUAGCUAGGCUUAAUAUGUGUCAUAAUACUAGGGAGUGGCAUAGUGAUGUUAUUAGGAAGAUUAAGAAGUUGAAUGAGGAGAAAGGGUUUUGUGUUUCGAUUAUGAUUGAUACUGAAGGUAGUCAGAUUCAUGUUGUUGAUCAUGGUGCUCCUUGUUCUCUUAAAGCUGAGGAAGGUUCUGUAUGGGUAUUUACAGCUCAGAAAUUUGAGGGCUCACGUCCAUUCACUGUUCGAGCAAAUUACGAAGGUUUUUCUGAAGGCAUUAUGGUCGGUGAUGAACUGAUAAUUGAUGGAGGAAUGGCCACCUUUCAAGUUGUCGAAAGGAUGGGAAAUGACUUGCGUUGUAAGUGCACAGAUCCUGGUCUACUCUUACCUCGAGCUAAAUUGAGUUUCUGGAGAGAGGGGAAGCUCUCCUAUCAAGGUCUUCCAACUAUAUCCGAAAAGGACUGGGUAGACAUCAAUUUUGGAAUUUACGAAGGUGUUGAUUUCAUCGCCGUGUCAUUUGUAAAUGAUGCUGAAGUUAUCAACAAUCUGAAGAGCUAUCUCUCUACCAAGGCUUCUGAUUCAAUAAGAGUAUUGGCAAAGAUCGAGAGUUUGGAGUCUCUUCAGAAAUUGGAAGAAAUUGUCGAGGCAUCUGAUGGAAUUAUGGUGGCUCGUGGGGAUCUAGGAGUAGAAGUUCCACUUGAACAGAUUCCAACAGUCCAAGAGGAUGUAACCCGUAUAUGCAGGAAGUUAAACAAGCCAGUGAUUAUAGCUUCUCAACUUCUCGAGUCAAUGGUUGAAUAUCCAACCCCAACUCGCGCUGAGGUUGCAGAUGUUGCUGAAGCAGUUCGACAAUAUUCCGAUGCAAUGAUGCUGUCUGGUGAGUCGGCUAUUGGACCAUUUGGAGAGAAAGCUCUUUCUGUUUUGCGGAUGGUCAGCAGCAGAAUGGAACUGCAGAUCUGUAAUGAAAACCGGCCAAGGGUUUUCCGUCGACAUGAACCUGGAGUUUCAUUGGCUGAUCGCAUAUCUGAAGAGAUAUGCAACUCUUCUGUUGAAAUGGCUAAUAACCUUGGCAUUGAUGCUAUCUUUGUCUACACGAAGCAUGGGGAGAUGGCAUCACGAUUGUCUCGGAACCGUCCAAACUCUCCAAUAUUUGCAUUUACAGACGACAACAGUGUUCGUAUGGCUUUAAAUUUGCAAUGGGGAAUCAUCCCAAUACUCGUCGAUUUGUCGGAUGACAUGGAAGCAAACAUUUCAAGAACCAUCGAUCUUGUAAAAAUAAAAGGUAUGAUGAAAGAAGGAAACACUGUUUUGAUUGUCUCGGACAUUACUCCGUCUUCUGCAACUCGAACAACGUUCCAAACGAUCCAGGUCAAGACCAUCGAUUAGCGGAAUUUUCGUGUUUCAGAAUCUACUCAUUGGGAAAUGACACAAUGGAAGCUAUGCUUGUAGCUCUAUACAUAAGUGAAACUGAAGAUUUUUGAAUAUAAAGAUUUCCUCUGUAAUUUGCUGUUACAUGAAGAUUGUGUAGUUUGAGCUGCAGAACAUUAAAUAUUUUUAUUUACAAAUGUGUGGUUAGGUUUCAGUUACUUUUUUUGUUGUUGAAUGUGAAUAUUUUGUUGAUUUAAACAAUCCAAAAACAAUAUGCUGCUUUUAUGCUAA